AUGGCUUUAAAGCUCGACAUGAGUAAGGCUUACGAUAGAAUGGAGUGGGGUUAUCUUCGUGCGGUUCUGUUAAGGAUGGGCUUUGAUGGGAGAUGUGUGAACUUGAUUAUGCACUGUGUGGAAUCGGGGAAUCCUAUAUCUCCUUAUCUCUUUAUUCUCUGUGCUGAGGGUUUUUCGGGUCUCCUGCGGAAAUAUGAGGUUGAUGGCAAGAUUCAUGGGUCCAAAGUGGCUCGUAGGGCUCCAGUGAUUUCUCAUAUGCUCUUAGCUGAUGACAGUUAUUUCUUCUGUAGAGCUAAUACUCGGGAAGCUGAUUCUAUUAUGGAGUUACUACAUCUUUAUGAGCAAGCUUCGGGUCAACGAGUGAAUUUUGAGAAAUCGUUUGUUUUCUUCAGUUCUAAUACUGAAGUUAUUGUGAGAGAUUCGAUCUGUGGACAGUUAGAGAUUUAUGAAGCCGAUGAUAACACCACCUAUCUGGGUCGCCGAAUAUUAUGGGCCGAAAGAAGACUGCCAAUUUAG